AUCAGUGACAGCCUGUUUUUAUUUUUAGCUGCCGCUCAGCUCGCGUUGCAGGGGGGCGGGGAGGGAGGGAACGAGGCUGGCUCCCGGCGAGGCGGCAGGACGGGGACACCAGCAGAGAGGUUACCGCAGGCGAGCAGCAGUCAGCCAGGCUGCAGGCUGCCCCGAGGCAGGGAGCAGCGGCCUCUCGCUCCCCUAGCCAGAGGAUCUGCCUGGGGGGUCGCUCGGCUCCUCCGCGCGAGCCUCCUGCAGCGGCGGCACCGGCAAGGCUUUGCAAAUGGCCAGCCCUCGGCUAGAGCUGGAGGAAAUUCAGCCUCUGCGGCAGGACGCUGCCCGUCCUGAGCCAGCCUUCGCCGAGGCGCGGCACUGGAUCGAGCAAGUCACAGGCAGAAGUUUUGGUGACAAAGAUUUUCGGUCUGGAUUAGAAAAUGGUAUUCUGCUGUGUGAGUUGCUGAAUGCAAUAAAGCCUGGACUGGUAAAAAAGAUCAAUAGACUGUCGACCCCUAUUGCAGGGUUGGACAACACCAUCUUAUUCUUGAGAGGCUGCAAAGAGCUGGGGCUUAAAGAAUCUCAACUUUUUGACCCGGGUGACCUUCAGGACACAUCAAACAGAAUAGCAGUCAAGAACAUUGACAACAGUAGGAAGCUGAAAAAUGUACUAGUUACCAUUUAUUGGCUGGGGAAAGCAGCAAACAGAUGCACUUCAUACAGUGGAGCAACACUGAACCUGAAGGAGUUUGAAGGAUUGCUGGCACAGAUGAGAAAGGAAACUGAAGAUAUUGAGAGCCCCAAACGCAACAUUCGUGACAGUGGUUAUAUUGAUUGUUGGGACUCUGAACGCAGCGAUUCCCUUUCCCCCCCUCGCCACGGCAGAGAUGAUUCCUUUGACAGUCUGGAUUCAUUUGGUUCCCGCUCACAGCAGACACCGUCUCCAGAUGUAGUGCUCAGAGGAAGCAGCGAUGGGAGAGGGAGUGACUCUGAGUCUGACUUGCCACACCGAAAGAUGCCAGACGUGAAAAAAGAUGAUAUGUCUGCAAGGCGGACAUCGUAUGGCGAACCUAAAUCAGUUGUGCCUUUUAACCAGUAUCUCCCGAACAAGAGUAACCAGACUGCCUAUGUACCAGCUCCUCUUCGGAAAAAGAAAGCUGAACGAGAGGAGUACCGGAAGAGCUGGAGUACUGCUACUUCACCACUUGGAGGAGAGAAGCCUUUCAGAUUCGGCCCCAGAACUGCUGUGUCUGAUGACGCAGAGAGUGUGAGUAUGUUUGACAUGAGGUGUGAAGAUGAAGCUGUGAUGCAGCCUCACAGCAAGGCUCGCCAUGAAAAACUACAGCAUAUUCACAACCAACUGAAAGAGGAUGAGGAUAGAUGGCAAGAUGAUCUGGCACGGUGGAAAAGUCGGAGAAGAAGCGCUUCACAGGACCUAAUUAAAAAAGAAGCAGAGAGAAAGAAGAUGGAAAGGUUAUUGAGUGGCGGUGAUGGAACAAGUGAGCGAAGGAAAAGUAUCAAGACUUACAGAGAAAUUGUGGAGGAGAAAGAGAGAAGAGAAAAGGAGCUGCACGAAGCCUACAAGAAUGCCAGGUCACGUGAGGAAGCGGAGAGCAUUCUCCAACAAUACAUUGAAAGGUUCACCAUUAGCGAAGCUGUCCUUGAACGUUUGGAGAUGCCAAAAAUUCUGGAAAGAAGCCAUUCAGUGGAGCCAAAUUCAUCAUCACCACCGAAGGACCCAAAUCCUAUGAGAUACUUACGGCAACAAUCGCUGCCUCCUCCAAAAUACACUGCCACUAUUGAAGCAACCAUUGUUCCCAUCAGUGAAUCAGAAGCCACUCUUUCAACAGGCCAAACAUCUCCAAGCAAAUCUGUUGUCUCCAAGGCUGUGCCUAUGCUGACACCCAAGCCUUACACACAACCCAAAAACACGCAGCAGGUCUUGAAAACAUUUAAGGUAGAUGGAAAAGUCAGCAUGAAUGGCGAAACUUUCAAUGGACUUGAAGAGAAGGAUAAAGAAUGUACAACAGUGAUAUUUGCUCCUUUACUAAGAAGAUCUCCAAAGUUUGAAGGGGUGGCCAGAGCGGAUGGAUCCCCGGUGGAACUGAAGCAGGACACCACUAGCAUUGAGCUCAGUUUAAAGAGGCCUGCCACUCACACUGUGCACAGAGAGCUGACAGCCUCCUUCACUGAAGACAUUAAACCAGCCAACCAAAAAGAUGAAACUGAUUCUGGAAGGCCAGAAAUGAUGAAUUCGGGGUUUGCUUCACCAGCUGCAGAACAGAAACAAUUCAAGACAACUGUUACUUGUGCCCGCCCUGCUGUGCCCAGCAUGGAGUUCUCUCCUAGCACCCAUUCUGAAGAAGCAGCUUCAAAAGAUAAAGAUCUGAAGAAACCCGAGACAGAACAACAGAAGGAAGCAGCGGUCCUAGUUACAGAGAAGGUAGUGAAGUCAAAGGCUCCAGAACAAGAAGGGAGUAUAUUAUUUCCAUUUUUGAAGAAAGUACCCGAGACCAGCCAAGUUAUUCUGCAGAACUCUGAUCAACAAGCGGAUUCUGAUAAUAGUGACAAGUCAAAUCGUUUCAGUUUCUGGUCCUGGGAUCCAGAAGAGGAACGAAAGCGACAGGAAAGAUGGCAGCAUGAACAGGAACGCUUGCUUCAGGAGAGGUACCAGAAGAAGCAGAACAAGCUGAAAGAAGAAUGGGAAAAAGCACAGAAAGAAGUUGAAGAGGAGGAGCGUAGAUACUAUGAGGAGGAGCGCAAGAUAAUUGAGGAUACUGUAGUUCCGUUCACUGUUUCUUCAAGCUCUGCUGAUCCCCUCUCCACUUCUUCCUCUGUCACUGAAGGAAAUGAGACAAUGAAUAUGAUGGAACUGAGCAACUCUCAAGAGGAAGGGAAACAAAAGGAAAUUAAAAGACAGGAGAAAUUACCCUGGGAGCAGGAGGGUGCAUCAUUAGCCAAAAACAAGAAAAGUGAACCAUGCCUGGAAAAGAAAAGCAGUGUAAAUAAAGUGCCCACAGAACAUCCAGAGACUAUUCUUCAGAGAGAAAGUGAGCAGGAUCACCAGGUGUCAGUGAAGGAGCACAGCUCACCAGUCAUACUGAAUCUACCAUUGACUCAGGUAUUCAGUUUACCCCACUCUGUAACUUCAGAUGUGUUGUGGAGUCAGCAGUUGUUAACGAAACAGUCACCACACAUUUCAGAAGAAGUUAGACAGAAAACAUCUCUGGAUCAGAGCAUAGGCCAGCAGGAUAAUUCCCCAGGCGAAAGGAGAAGGACAUGCUAUCAUGAGAAUUUCAGGCCUGGGCUGUCAUCUCCAUGUUCUCCUACACCUCAAAACCACUCACCCAACAGGUCUGUCAGUGGAAAGAAACUAUGUUCUACCUGUCGGCUUCCUCUUGGAAAAGGAGCUGCCAUGAUUAUUGAAACACUCGGUCUAUAUUUUCACAUUCAUUGCUUCAGGUGUGGAAUUUGCAAGGGACAGCUUGGAGAUGCAGCAAGUGGAACUGAUGUCAGGAUUAGAAAUGGUCUUCUCAACUGCAAUGAUUGUUACAUCAGAUCCAGAACUGCUGGGCAGCCAACAACGUUGUGACAGGAAUUUCAGUCCUAAAAACUUGCCGCAAGAAGGAGCUUCCCCAUCAUGUCCCUGGGGCUGCUUCCAGACAAUCACUUGUAAGCGCUCGUAUCCAUGGACUUCAUAGCUCCCAUCUCAUUUUGUAAUGCUCAUAUAAAAGGCUGCAUCUGCUACUUUAAAGCGCAGUAUGAUUUUUCCCUUUCUUAAUGAAUUUGCAUAAUGUGUAUGAAGAACAUUUGGUAAUUCAUAUCUGAAAUAUUAAAAAAGAGGUUUUCCAUAUUUUUAGAUAUGUUUAUGAUUUAAAAUCUGUUAUUUUGGUCUUCUCAAAGUCAGAAAAGAUUCAAUAAAUCUGUUUUGUUUUAAUACUUCUAGGAAUUAAAAAAUUAAGUUUACAGAACGUUUAUGGAAGUUCUAGAAUGUGUCAAUUCGAGAUAGCAUCAAAUUAGUGCAUUUGCAAAACUAAACAUCACAAGUGACUUUUCUGUUAUUACUGAAACUAUAACUUUUUUACACAAAGACACUAGUUUAAUAAUGCAUACUGUAAUUCUGAAACAUUUUGUUUUAUAUUACCUUCAGUGGAGGGUAGGAGUUAUACAAAUAAAUUAUUGCACCUUUAGCAUUAGGAUUUUUUUUUUCAGUGUGUGUAUACAUCAAGUAAUGUUCAACACUAUAGUUUAAUAGAAAUCAAAUAAAGAUUUCUUCAUUAACCUUGAAAGAGUGUAUGCCAUUAGCAAUUGCAAAGAUCCCCACUAGGAUAAUAAAGAGGAAAUCUUUUCUUAACAUGUACAGAAUUAUACAGUACUACCAAAUUCUUGGGGGGCUGACGUGGAUGAAGCUGAAUCUACCAGAGGUGGGUUGGUGGUUGUUGGUACAGCUAAACAGAUCUACUGGCUUGUAAUUUUCUCAUGGCCAGUAGAGUUGUUACAAAUGAAUUAGCAGAUCUUAUGAAUCUGAUACCUUAAUGAGAUUCUAUAUAGUAGAAAUACAUUUACAAACCAGAAAGGUUGAUUUGGGUCCCAUAAAGGGUCAAUAUAAUUAGAAUGUGUCAGACUAUAAACAGCUGUGAUUCAGUGCAGUACAUCAGUGGUCCUGAACCUGUGUUCCUUGUACAUACAACUCUCAUUGCAGUCAGUGGGAUUUGUGAGUGUAUAAAGAAUGAAGGAUGAGGUCCAAUCUGUAACACUUUACAAAAAAACCCAACAAAACUAUUAAGCGCAUUUGGGUCAGUUGCACUCUGUGCAUUGUCAUAAAUAUAUUCUACCAUUAGUGCAUACCAGUAGCUCCCUGAAAUAGAAACUGAAGCUGUGAGUGUAUAGAUCAAGAAUAUACCCUAAAAUUUAGCUCACACAUUACAGUUGUAAAAUAUUACAGUACUGAUUUCUAACUGUACUACAUGGUGAAUUUCAGCAGGCUGAUAAAGAGAAGUUAUUCAAAAGCAUCACACUUAGCAGCUUAAGAUGCGAUUUAAAAUGAGGAAAAAAUCUAUUUAUUCUGCCUUAAAACCAUGAUCAACUAAAUUAAGAGAUUCCUUAUUGUAUGUGACAGAAUAUGUACACAUCCAUUGUCUUUUGAUGUGUUGGUAAAAGGAAAUAAAGUGGAUAUUAGGUAAGCAAUAAUUUUUUUCUAAGUGUUUAUAUUGAUAGCAUCUAUUUAUUUAAAAUGCUAGACAAUUAUUUGCAUGCAAGUUGCGUGCUCAUGCAGAAAUACUUUGUCACUGAAAACAUUUGUACAAUGUUGUAAUUUUAAGACAUUGUUGCUGUCUAAUAGAAAGUUGCACAUUAUUUCAUUAAAACUGUGCCUUAGAAAAUGCGAAGUUGUUGCACAUAGUGGUGACUUAUGGAUGCAAUAAAUCCCAAGAGUAAAGCUCACAGGACUUCACAUGGAGGUUAUUUUAUUUUUAAAAAACCCUACAAAAAUAAUAAAAAAGAAACUUUUGGAUAUAUAGAGCAACAUCCAAUGUUUUGAUUAACCAUUUGCAUGAUUUACUGUUAAAUGUUUUGAUAACCUUGAUGUUUACAUGUUUACACUUUGCAUGUUGUCAUCAUACUACUUUAUUGCAAAUAAUGCACAAUAUGAAAAUUCAAAAUACAGAUUUUUAUAAAGUACUUUUUACAGCUAUCUAACUCCAACUGUUACACUAAGGGUAAGUGAAUAUAUUAUAUUCUGGGCCUAAUUUUCAAAACAUGACUUCCAUUUUUGCAUGAUUGAGUGUGAACAUUAGAUAUUAGUCAUUAACACUUAUGCACACAGGUGAUAAGAUUUAGAUGUAUAAAUCAGUCACCUGAGUGUACAAGUGAAGUCAGUGGUAAACUCCCAGUGAUUUUAGCAGAAGCAUGACUGGAGCCAAAAUGCAUGUGCAAGUUGGAGUUUUUAUGUGCAGAGUUGCAAACGCACAAAUGGAUCUCUGAUUGAAGCCUCUUGAAAAUGUAGCCCUCCUUUCUCUCAUUUUUUCAUAUAUACAUAUUUUAGUGUGGCUAAUUGUAUAUGUACCAAAACUAAUGUAAAGCAAAACAAAGCAGCAUUCUUAGACCACACAGUGUUUUUCCAUAAUGAACAACUGGUCACCAGCACAGAACAUUUUCUAAAUGCUAAUUGCCAAUGGUUUGUUUAUAUUUGAUUUAUUUUUUCAUUUGGAGACUGUCACAUGGCAGUUCAAGCUGGCUAAGGCCUAGCUUUUUCCAAUUCAAACCUAAGUUUGAAAUAUUUUUCUUCUUUUUUUUUCUUUUUCUGUUUUUUUUAUUUUUGUUUGUGGUUGCAGGAAAAAUGAUGCUUUACCUACAUUGAGCUACCACGUAAAUGUGUUUGUUUUACAGUGAUGUAUUGUUGCUGAGCAAGUACAAUGUAAUGUUUUUUAGCUCUUGCAAAAGCUUAUUUACCAUCUUGUUACAUCAGAGAACAUUGAUAACUGUCAUAGCCAUUUUAUGUAUUUUGCUACCAAACUUUCAUCGUGGUUUUCCUUACUCCUGCUCUGUAGUGUUAUUGAUGGAAUACAUACUAUAGCUAGCUAUACAUGACAUAAUGGUUGGUGAGCUAGAAGGGAUCCACCUUAUAUGCAAACCCAAUCAAGGACAAGAAUUACUGUCCUAGUUGGGCUAAUGUUCCAUACAGUUACACUAAUCUUCACUUACAAUAUUUAUUCUAAAAUGCCUCUGGAAAAUAGGGGGAAAUUUGUCUACGAUGCAACAGCUUUUAUAGUUAAUGUAUGUUUAUAAAUAAAAUGUUGAAUAAAUUGGGUGCAGUGUU